GCCAUUGGUGGUGUUUCUCAUAAUGUCCGACCCGGAAAUCACAACCGCAACCACAUCGGUCUAGGGCUCUGCUCCUCCGCCCAUGGAAGCUCAGUCUCCGCUCAACCAAACCUUGUGUUCCCAAUCCAUCUCUUUCAGCGUAUGGCCCCCCACCCAGCGCACCCGCGAUGCCGUCAUUCAUCGCUUAAUCGAGACCCUUUCUACGCCCUCCGUCCUCUCCAAGAGGUACGGUACUUUGUCCCCCGAAGACGCCUCUGCUGCUGCCCGCCGAAUUGAGGACGAGGCUUUCUCCACCGCUGCUGCUUCUGCCUCUCUCGACGAUUACGGUAUCGAGAUUAUUCAGCUCUACUCUAAGGAGAUCAGCAGGCUCAUGCUUGACACUGUCAAGGCCACAGCUGCUCUAGAUAAUGACGCCACCAAGACGCCCGACUCUGCCAUGCCGGGCGUCUCUGCUACUGAGUCUAAGUCUCAGUCUCCAUCCUUAUGAGGUUUGAUGUUCCAUGUGUUCUCAGGCUGUCGUGUCUGCUGGCAUUGAGGGUUUGAGCCUGAUUGUCUGUGUUGGCAAUCUUUGUUCUGGAGUCUUUCUGUGAACAUCCUUACAUUUCCCAUUGUCUCGAUUUGCUUCCCUUAUGAUUGACAUAAUUUUCGUGUACGCAGCCUGCCAUUGCUGCUUCAAUCAUUGAUUCUCUAUGUCGUGCUUUUGUCUUUGAAUUCCUCGCUAGAUUUUCUUUAGCCAGUUGAUUGAUUUUUUUCAAUUAAUUUUCUCCAAUCCAUCAAACUAAAAAAAGUGAAAUUGAGGAGAUGAGCAUCGAGUGAUGAAACUUACUCUGAAAUGUUGACAUUCUAAAAAAUCUUUCUGAAUUUCAAAUUGAAAAGAAAGUAUUAAAAUAUGCUUCUGUUUAAUUUCAACACUCAGGUCAGUCUGGCAAAUUUGCGUAAAGGGAAUAUUCAUUACCUUACCUCUAUUAUGGUCGUGUGUGUGUUUUGUGACUCUCGCUGCAUUCCAUCCAAUUAUGUUUUGCAAACCACCGUAUGUAUUAGCAGGCUGUGAUGUUUUACAAAUCAAUGAUAGUUCGAAUGUUUAUUGCAUUUUCUAUUCUUUUUUCAAGUGACGCCAAAUAUCUAAGAACAAUUUAUGGUAGAGAAAAUAGAUUUCCUUCUCAAAUGCCUUCUGUACGCCCAAGAGGCUUCUUAUAUAAUAGCUUAUAACUGCAGAUCACUCACAGUCUCUAGGUUAUGAACUCGACCUCACAUAUUGAGCCUUGUACAUAUGCAAUACUCUUAUCAAUUUGAUCUAUUUCUGUAGAAUGGUUCAUGCUUCAAGAUGUAAAUUGUUGUAUCGCUUCUGCUUGUUUAGUUUGAUACAUUAUGCUGUUGUUGAGCUUAAGGGGAUCUUGAGUCCGCACUAGCUGUCUAUCAAGAAUGGGGUUCAUAGUGUUCUUCAGGCACUUAAAAGUUGAUGGGUGAUUACUUCGUAACCGCGACUAUAUCUAUUAUCUAAAUGGUCGGCUAUAAUGUUUUUUAUAUGUCACCCAAACAAAGUUCCGUCUGACAAUAUUUUUUACCUGUUUAUUUUCACAUCCUAAAGGUAGGUUGACUUAUAUGGAUAAAAGUUUCUUUUACUCUAAAAGAUAUAUAAGUCAUAUAGCUGCAACUUCUUUAGUUUAUCUAUGCCUCGCGUUGAAACCUUAGACUAACAUUUGCACACUUCAUUUACCUUGUUUGUGGUUUACGCUGUUCAGAGUUCUUAUCAUUUUUUU